AGACUCAGGUUUAAACAGAGAGGAUUAGCUCGCAGUAUGAGGUCGAUGAUUGCAGACAGGGAGGGAGUCAUGCUAAUGAUUGAUGAUGAGUUUCUCAUAUACGUUUUCCUUGUUGGAGCCCGCCAAGUUAAAAAGAAGUGAGUAAACACACUCUGAAGAAGUAAUUUGCAUAUUUUGAUGGAUCAAGUUGAGGACUGAAGUUUUGGAUGCUCUGACAUUACUGGAUCCUUUAUUAUAGUUUUCAUGAUGAGAUCAGUCUGCUCUCCUAGACAUUGACGUGAGCUUCCCCAGGCCCAAUGUGCCCAUGAAGCCCUUGUUUCAGUGCAGGCUUCAGAAGCUGAGGCUAUAAAGGGACAAGAGGACUAAUCUGCAGCCUUAGUCUUGGUCCUGGACUUCUCUUUAGUCCUUUAUCAGUCCUCCCUGUUCCCUGCCACAUCCCCUCACCACUCCACUGCACCACAGCCCCGGCUUCACCUGUGGCCAACAUGGGCUGGUUCCUCCUCCCAUUUGAUAACCUGCUGUGUAUAGUCCUUGGCAUAUCCUUCACUGUGGGAUUCAGCUCGCUGCUAGUCAUAGUCGUGCCGGCCGUCCUUGGAGUGUCCAUUGGGAUCCGCAGACUGUACAUGAAGAGUCUUCUCAAGGUCUUUGAGUGGGCUACUGUGCGGAUGGAGAGAGGCGCAAAGGAGAAGAAUCAACAUCUUUAUAAACCCUAUAGUAAUGGUAUCAUAGCUAAAGAACUGUCCUCUCUGGAGCAGGAGAUCCAGGAGCUCCGUGCCAGCGGCACCACUCUGAGCUCUGAGCCUGAGUUUGAGAUGGCGGACAUCAUGUAUUUCUGCCGGCGGGGGGUGGAGAGCAUCGUGGAUGACGAGGUGACCAAGCGCUUUUCUGCUCAGGAGCUGGAGUCCUGGAACCUGCUGACCCGCAGCAACUUUAACGCCCGCCACAUCAGUCUGCGACUCAGCGUGCUCUGGGGACUGGGUCUCUUCAUCCGCUAUGGCUUCCUGCUGCCACUCAGGGUUACUCUGGCAGCCUCUGGUAUUGGUCUGCUUGUGGUCUUGACUACCAUAGUGGGCUUCAUACCAAGCGGCUGGUUAAGGACGUACCUCAGUGAGAAGAUUCAUCUGAUGUCUUAUCGCAUCUGUGUCCGAUCCCUCACUGCCAUCAUCACCUAUCACAACAGUGAGAACAAACCAAAGAAUGGAGGCAUCUGUGUGGCGAAUCACACAACUCCCAUUGACGUCAUAAUCCUGGCCAAUGAUGGCUGCUAUUCUAUGGUUGGCCAGAUCCAUGGUGGUUUGAUCGGGGUAGUCCAGAGAGCCAUGGUGAAAUCCAGCCCCCACAUCUGGUUUGAGAGAUCUGAAGUCAAAGACCGUCACCUUGUGGCCGAAAGGCUUAGCAAUCAUGUAGCAGACAAAACUAAACACCCCAUCCUCAUCUUCCCAGAGGGCACAUGCAUCAACAAUACCUCAGUGAUGAUGUUCAAAAAGGGCAGCUUUGAGAUAGGCUGUACUGUCUACCCUGUGGCCAUUAAGUAUGACCCUAGGUUUGGCGACGCGUUCUGGAACAGCAGUAAGUUUGGGAUGGUCAACUACCUGCUGAGGAUGAUGAGCAGUUGGGCCAUCGUCUGCAGUGUCUGGUACCUUCCACCUAUGAGCAGAGAGGAGGGAGAGGAUGCGGUGCAGUUUGCCAACAGAGUAAAAGCAGCCAUCGCCACGCAGGGAGGACUGGUGGACCUGCUGUGGGAUGGAGGGCUGAAACGAGGGAAGGUGAAAAAUACGUUCAAAGAGGAGCAGCAGAAGCUGUACAGCAAGGUGCUGGUUGGAGACCAGGAGGACCAAGGUGAAGACAGACCACAGGAAGAUGAAGAAGAAGAAUUAGAAGAGGGGGACCAAAAUGAAGACAGACCACUUGAAGAUUACACACCCAGACCACUGGAAGACUGCUCUCUGAGACUACAAGAAGAAGAGGAGGAGAGAGGCUCAGAGACACCAAUGAAGGACCAAUGAGGGUGGGGGUUCCAUUCCUAACAGGUUAUUAAGUGUCAGCGGAGCCCCACUCACUGUCUUGGUGAGGCACUAGACGAGAGGAUUUAUUGGAUUGGAAGCCUUAAAGUAAUUUCAAUAACAAUGAACUACUCAGAGACCAUUUCAAUAGCAAUUAACUACUCAGAGACCAUGUAGUGCAACUGAAACAGUAUCAUUUUCUACAGGCUGUAAGCCACAUACUUUUGAGUUUGUGCUGCACUAUGCACAGUCAUUUUAUGAAUGUUAACUGUUUUAAUACUGUAUUUAAAUAUUUAUCUUUAAUAUUUUCUUUGUAUUUAUGCUAUUUUGACCAGUAUAUUUGGGUAAUUUUGUGCAAUUAGGUAGUGCAAUUAGGUCCCCCAAAACUUGAUUAAAACAAUGUAUCAUAAAGAGGACAUGUUAAACUUAAUAAAAUUAAUUUCAGCCUGU